CGCGAUGCCGAUCAUCAAGGAGAUUAAACAGAAGCCGCAUUAUCUGGUAUCCAGGGACCAACUGGUUGCCACCAAAGUCGAGCAGUUUCGUCGCGAACGCGCCGAGAUGCGCCGCAGUUAUGGCAACCAAGUCUCCAAAACAAAUCUAAACAGGAUGCGCUCGAAGCAGAGUGGCAGCGGUGUUUUGCCUGGCAGCCAACCUACGUCCACGAAUCUUCCUGUGGAAACGAAUGAAGAGCCGCCGAAGGAGGACGGAGAUGUGCCACUGCGUCGGAUCGCCUCGAGUUUUGCCCAAGUUCGCAACUGUGCCAGUGGCAGUGGCAGUUUCAUCGCUCUGCCGCCGGACAGCGAGGACGAUGCUCGCGAGGAGCGCGCCGAGGUGCUCAUUUCCAGCCAGACAAUGCCAUUGCCGCCGAGCGAAUCUCCUCCAGCGAUGGUCGAGGCACCCGCAGAUCCCGCGGGCGAUCCUGUGGCGCCGCCGGAAGAAGUCCAGGCUGUUGUUCCCCAGCCGAGCCUGCUGAAAGUCCUCCCCGAACCGUUGCAGAUCGAAUCGCGGGCCACCGAACGCUGGCAGCAGCUGGGCAGCACGGUUUCGGCCCUGUUCCGGGCACGGCGCUACAUCGAUAGCACGGAGACCCCGACGGCGCAGACCAGGCGGCUGCGAGAGCAACGCGAACUCCUCGAGGCCUUCACACGCCCCUUUUUGCACGAUGCCUACAGGCGGGAGUAGACUGCUCCAGUGUUCCCGGAAACCAAAACAUAAACCAAAACAGAAGCAAAAACAAAAACAGAAACAUAAACAGAAAAACAUCAGUAUAAACCCCAUACAGAGCCAUCCCAAACCAUUGAAGUUCAACACGAAAUAAGUUAAUAUGUUGUCAAUUAAAUUCAAUUCAUUGGA